GGUUUCGGCGCGCUUAUUAUAAUACAUCUGACCUAUUCUUACGACCUAACUAGGCUUGCUGACUUCCUAUUUAGUUGUUUACCGCCGCCGGCGUUGCCUGGCUCGUUGGCACCGUGACCAGCAAGCCGUUCAUGCUCUGCCUCUAUCUCUCCCUCUUCCACACUUCUCAACGAGACCGUUACAUGAUCUUCGUGUGCUGUGGAUCGGCAACAGCUUAUAAUAUCGCCUUCCAGGCCGCAUUUCUCACGCAGUAUCAGGCCAUCUGGCAGGGAUGGAAGCCCAUGCCUGGCGGACAGUGUCGGUCUGGUUUUCCCGCAGAAGUCAACUCGAUCGGCCUUAAUAUUUCGCUGGAAACGGCGAUUACACUUUGCCAAUUUUCACCAUUUAGAAGCUUCAAAUGCCCCUCAGGACUGACCAGAGAUCUAUUUAUAGCUUCGUUGCGAUCAUGGUCUGCUGACUAGUAUUAACGCUGCAGUCCGACUCCAGCGCAGACUUCGUCUACGGACUCGGACGCAUUUUGCUGACCAAUCUCCUGGAGCUAUGGCUGAGUAUCAUCGUGGUCUCUCUGCUGACCCUGACACCUCUUUUCAAAUGCUACGCAAAUCGCCCGGUACCGCAGCGAUCGAGCAGUGCUGGCGGCCACGUCCGGCUUCGUGAGGUGCAGCACACGAUCGGGAGCACGCCGGUUAAAUAUCAUCGGAAGGAUUCGACGGUCCAUUCGGCGCGAGAGGAAGGCUUGGAGAAGGGGGAGGAGGAAGUGGGGACGAGGGGGACAGGUAUGGCUACUCAACCAGAAUCAAGGCUUCUGGGGAGUGAGCGGAAUGGCC